AUGGCUGCAGCCGAGCUGGAGCCGAACGCCGUCGGGCUGUACGUCUACCUGCCGUCGUUCACCCACAUGAUGGUCGACGAGAAGGAGUGUCGAAUGCCGAUGGUCGCGCCAUAUCGUUGCGACGCCAACUGGAUGCUCUGGUACGAUUGCUGCGACACCGGAUGUUGUGGCCGGCUUCAGCCCUGGCUUUACGUGUUGAUUCUUGGCACCGUCAUCGCUGUCAUUGGGCUUCUCGUGGCCAAGCUGACGGUCUGGCUAUGCUGUGGUGGGGAUCGAGAGGAAGAGGAUGUACUGUUCGACAAGAACCACUACGCCGUACACAACCAUAACUAUUUACGCCCGCCGCCGCCAUACUCCUCCUUCUCUCGCAAUGGCUCUCUCCGCAAACACACCCACGGCCACGGACAUUCGACU